AUGCUUGAAAUAUUUCAAAUCAUCUUCUAUGAUUUGGUUAUCCUUUUCUGCCAGUCAAUUAUUCAUACUUUCUUCAGAGAUAUCAAAGUAAGAGGAUCAUUCAAUAUCCCAUCAAAGGGACCUAUCAUAUUUGUUAUUGGACCCCAUCAUAAUCAAUUCCUCGAUGGAGCCAUUGUAAUAUCCAAAGUUAAGCAAUUCACUAACAGAAGAAUCUCCUUUUUAAUUGCUGAUAAAUCUUAUAAGAGAAGAUUCAUCGGAUUUAUGGCACGUUUAACAAGUGCUAUCCCAGUACAAAGAGCUCAAGACAUGUUGAAGAAUGCCAAUGGUCGAAUCAAAUUGAAAGAAGGGACCAAAGAUAUAAUUAUUGGUCAUAAUACUUAUUUUACUAAAGAUUGUGAAGUGAAAGGACUCAUUGGUUUACCUAGAUCCAAAGGUAAUUUCCAAAUCCUUUCCAUUGAAUCUGAUACGGAAUUAAAGAUCAAACCUGUAGAAAAAGAUGAUCAAAUUGAAGUCCUUACCAAAGGAACAGCCUAUAAAAUCGCUCCUCAUGUCGAUAAUGAUAAAUUAUUCUCCAACGUGUUCGAAUUCUUAAAUAGUGGUAAGGUUCUUGGGAUGUUCCCAGAAGGGGGGUCUCAUGAUAGAACUGACUUAUUACCUUUGAAACCAGGUGUGGCUAUCAUGGCUUUAGGGGCCAUGGCAAGUAAUGACAAUUCUCCUCCUGAUGACGUUAUCAAUGUUAUACCCGUGGGAAUGAAUUAUUUCCAUCCUCAUAGAUUCAGAUCAAGAGCUGUUGUGGAGUUUGGUGAGCCUAUUAAGAUCACCAAGGAGUUGGGUAAAAAGUAUGAGGAGAAUAAACGUUUAGAAGUUCAAAAACUUAUGGAUUAUAUAACUUUGAGUUUGAAGCAAGUUUGUGUUACUUGUGACGAUUAUGAUACUUUGAUUGUUCUUCAAGCAGCCAGAAGAUUAUUCACCAAUGAAUCCCGAGAAAAGAUCCCUCUUCCAUUAGUGGUAGAGAUGAAUAGAAGAUUCAUCAAGGGAUAUCAAUUAAAUAAGGACAAACCUGAUAUCAUAGAUUUGAAAGAAAGUGUUAUGGAAUAUCAAAAGAAACUAAUGAUGUUGGGAUUACAUGAUUAUCAGGUAAAUAUUAUUGAUGAUGCUAAUUUCUUCAAAAACCUUCAAGAAUUUUCAUGGAGACUUUUCAGAACAGUACUCUUCUUUUGUUUGAGUUUACCAGGAACAAUUCUCUUCUCACCAGUAUUCAUCAUCAGUAGUAGAAUUUCUAAAGAGAAGCAGGCAGAAGCUUUAGCCAAUUCAACUGUUAAAAUCAAAGCCAAAGAUGUUUUGGGAACCUGGAAAGUCCUUGUGGCCUUGGUUAUCGCUCCUUGCUUGUAUAUCUUUUAUUCUGUUUUAGGUACUUUAUACUUGAGAUCAACAAUUAUUGGUACGUUCCCAACAUGGAUAAUAUUCAUCUUUUGUUAUUUUUGGUCAGUAUUAACCACCUAUGCAUCCUUAAGAAUUGGUGAGAGUGGUAUGGAUUACUAUAAAUCUUUAAUUCCUUUAUUUUACUCCUUAUCCAAGAAGAAAGCUAGGAAACAAAUAGGUGAAUUGAAACAAAUGAGAUUAGAAUUAUCAGACAAAGUAACUCAAUUUUGUAAUAAUUAUGGGCCAGAUAUUUUCCAAGAUUACGAAGAGUUUUAUGAUAAGUAUAAUAAUGCCGAAGAUGAUGACGGAGAACUAAGUCUCAAAGAUGUUCAAAUUUUCGAUGAUUCAGAAUCUUCAGAGCCUGAACAUUCAGAUUAUGAUCAUAAUGAAGCUGAAGAAACUAAACAAGACGUACGUCUUUUAAGUGAAAAGAUAAAUAAAGCAUAUAAAACCAGAAUGAAAUUGGACUAA